AGCAAACACCAGGAAACAUGAGUGAACCCAGAAAUGGCUUCCUGCUUCAGGAGCAGUCGACGUUUCUUUCUGGCUGCGAGUUACAACUCGUGUCUGUCCUCAGUGGGAACUGCAGGCCGCCUGAGACCCUCAGAGGUGACAUUUUAUUUGUGCGCCCUGUUCCUACGGACUGGCCACACACUGAUGACGUGUGUGGCAGUUUGGUGACAAAGCAGCAGAAAACUUGACCACCUGUUCGGAGAAAAUAAGAAAUAAAGUUGCAGAUCUAAUUAGAACUUCUAUCAAACUGUUGGAGCCGAUUGCUUCUGAUUGUUCAGCCUUUUAAAAUCGAGACAGUUUAUCCUCUAACUUCCUGAUUUGAUUACAUAACGAUUUUUGCUUUUCCAAACAAACCUGCACAUCCUGUUACCGACGUCACGUACCGCGUCGCUCACAGUUUACGUCAUCGGCGCGACACGUGCGGCGCUCUUUCUUUCCCAGUGUUAGCAGUUAGCUGUGCAGCGCGGCGCAGCGGAGAAAGUUUGAGAUUUUUACCGGAUUCUCGGUGAGUUUUAGCUGAAUAUAGACCUCAGAGGAAGAUGGCAGCUGCCGGUGCGCAGGGCAGGAAGAGGCUCCUGAGGGAAGAGGACAUGACCAAGGUGGAGUUUGAAACCAGCGAGGAGGUGGACGUCACCCCCACAUUCGACACCAUGGGCCUCCGAGAGGACCUGCUCCGCGGCAUCUACGCCUACGGUUUUGAGAAGCCAUCGGCCAUCCAGCAGAGAGCCAUCAAACAGAUCAUCAAGGGCCGAGACGUCAUCGCCCAGUCUCAGUCCGGAACGGGAAAGACGGCCACAUUCUGUGUGUCAGUGCUGCAGUGUCUCGACAUCCAGGUGAGGGAGACCCAGGCUCUGAUCCUCGCUCCAACCAGAGAGCUGGCCGGACAGAUUCAGAAGGUGCUGCUGGCUCUGGGAGACUACAUGAACGUCCAGUGUCACGCCUGCAUCGGAGGGACCAACGUGGGAGAGGACAUCAGGAAACUGGACUACGGUCAGCACGUGGUGGCGGGGACUCCUGGACGAGUGUUUGAUAUGAUUCGUCGCAGGAGUCUGAGGACCAGAGCCAUCAAGAUGCUGGUUCUGGACGAAGCUGACGAGAUGCUCAACAAAGGUUUCAAGGAGCAGAUCUACGACGUGUACCGUUACCUGCCUCCGGCCACACAGGUGGUUCUGAUCAGCGCCACGCUGCCGCACGAGAUCCUGGAGAUGACCAACAAGUUCAUGACCGACCCCAUCCGCAUCCUGGUCAAACGUGACGAGCUGACUCUGGAGGGCAUCAAGCAGUUCUUCGUGGCCGUGGAGAGAGAGGAGUGGAAGUUCGACACGCUGUGCGAUCUGUACGACACUCUGACCAUCACUCAGGCCGUCAUCUUCUGCAACACCAAGAGGAAGGUGGACUGGCUGACAGAGAAGAUGAGAGAGGCCAACUUCACGGUGUCGUCGAUGCACGGAGACAUGCCUCAGAAAGAGAGGGAGUCCAUCAUGAAGGAGUUCAGAUCCGGAGCCAGUCGCGUGUUGAUCUCCACCGACGUUUGGGCUCGAGGUUUAGACGUUCCUCAAGUUUCUCUGAUCAUCAACUACGACCUGCCGAACAACCGAGAGCUCUACAUCCACAGGAUUGGUCGCUCUGGUCGUUAUGGUCGUAAGGGCGUGGCCAUCAACUUUGUGAAGAACGACGACAUCAGGAUCCUGCGGGACAUCGAGCAGUACUACUCCACCCAGAUCGACGAGAUGCCCAUGAACGUGGCCGAUCUGAUCUGACCUGGACGACGUCACCUGAUGUCACGUCGGAGCCCCGCCCCUUUUACUUCUGUUAUUUCCUGUCUGUUUUUGAAGUUUUAGAGUAUUUCUUGAUUUGAGUGUUGAGGUGAAAACGACUGUAAGACUCCAGAUUUGGUUUUGUAAAUAAAGUUGUUUUGGUUCCA